UAAAAAACGAGAAUACAAUUAUGGACAAUCAAAUGUAUUUGAAUACAAAAUUACAGAAUCACUUAGUGAAAUUUAGGAACCAUACAUUAAAUACUUCAUUUGCAAAAUAUCCAUCAAUCGUCCCGGAAUUUGUUGUUCAUUCGUUUCCAUACCAACCAUUCUCUGUUCUCGUUCUCUUUUCUUUGAUCUUCUUAACCUUCUGCUAUCAGGUAUUUCAUUUUCGAUUGAUGAUACAUACUACUACAUAUAUCUAUUGACAUCAGUAGCAUACAUCACACUAAUAUCUUCAAUUUGUUGACAAUUUUUAAGAUGGUACAUCGAUUUAUGAUGCGGGGCAUUUUCAUGAACUUGUAUUUCAUGAAGACGUGGAAUAAUCUACUUCCACUCAGUAAACGUGAAGAGUUAUUGAAAACUACCGAAAUUCCAUUAGAAGAACAGAAAGUGAUUCGACCGCAUCAAUUAUAUCCUUUAGCUACAUCAAUGAACAGAAACUCAUGCCAUGUUAUUUAUAAUGACGGUGUACAUAGUGAUUGUUGUGUAUGGUCACCUGAUCCGUUAAUCAAUGGUCCAGCAAGAUGUGGCUGUUUUAUGGCUACUAUUCUAGCUAUAUUCAGUAUCAUAUUAUUACUUAUUGGGAUAAUUUUAACCAUACUGCAUUACGUAAUCGGUAUGGAAUUUUAUACAAUUAACCGUGGUCAAACUAUUGGUCCAUUACUAUUAGGCCUCACAAUUAUACCACUUAUAUUCAUGAUCUACUUCAUAUGUAUAGCUAGGCAUAAAAUAACUGAUUAUGUUGAACAGUUAUCAUUGAAUUACCUUGCCAAAGAACGAAUAGCUUAUAGACAACAUCAGGCAGAACUAGCACGAAGUUCAAUUGGAUUACAAAACUCAUCUAGAUACAGUUAAUAAACCAAGAGAGAAAUCCACUGGAUAAACUAAUCUCAUUCAACAUUUGAUCUUUUUGUGAAGUUCAUUUAAACAUUUUGUAACCUACAAUCAUUAAUACAUUCAAUGUAAAACAUUAUCAAGGUGAACCUUAUUUAUCAAAACAUUACAGAUGUAAGAAUUUACAAAAAAGGUGUAUUCAUUCUUUAUAUCUAUUUUUUCUUAUAUUACUGUAACCGUGGUGAUUCAGUUUCUUGUACAUACAUCAUUAUGC